AUGAUGCUUUUGAUAUCAAAAAUAUUCAAAAUCUCAGAAUUAUCCACAACUCUUGAGAUUUACAAUAGUAUUAUAAGCUUUCUUAAUUGGUCGUUUAGUUUUAUUGGAUGUGAUAUCUUUUCGAGUGAUUUUAAGAGAACCAAACUUUGGAUAUUUGUUAUCUUUUUGGAUUUCAUAACUUACAUACCGAUCAACAUUUAUGACGUAUACUUAUUCCGUGAUGACUUUAUUCGCGAUAUGUUCUGCUUGGUUACGUUAGGCAAUGGAUUUCAAGGUGGAAUGAAGCUCUACACAUUUAUUCGAAAAAAAGAUAGUUUAUUGAAAUUAUUUACUAUUGCUGAAGAGUUUAUUGUGAAUAUUCGGUGCAGAGAUUGCUCAAAAAGUUUUAAGAAAUGGUUGAUAGUCGCUUGCAAUGCCAUUUUUGUUGUCAUUGUUCUAUUCGCAAUUGGUGGCACUCUGAUAUUAGUUUAUCCAGCAAUCGUGUAUAUCUUGACUGGUAAAAGAAUAUUACAUUUCGGAUUCAUUUUACCUUUUAUUAAUCCAGAUACAGUUAGUGGAUAUUUAAUUAACGAUUUGCAUCACAUUCUGCAAUUUUACAUCACAAUUAAUGGAUUAUUUACAACUUUAAACAUGACAAUACUAAUUGUUGUUGUUGCAUUAGCAAAAUAUGAAACACUUUGUGUUCUGAUUGAUCAACUAAAUGAUCUCAUCAUUUUAAAUGUUCAGAAUCAAAAGAAAAUUAAGGAAAUAUUUGUGGAAAUAGUUCAAGAACAUGUCAAGUUGCUAGAAUACUUAACAUUUUUCAACGAAAACUUUUCUUUGUACUAUCUUGUUGAGAUAUUUAGUGUUGGAUUUCAAACAACAGUUACUUUAUUUACAUGCUCAGUUGAUAUACAUUUUCUGCCAGGAUAUCCAAUCUUAGUGGUUGAUCUUUUUCAAAUUUUUGCACCAUGCUUGUUGAGUACGAUUCUGGAAGUUCAAUGUAACAAUUUUUUUGAUAAAUUAGUUGAAUUGACUUGGAUUAAGUUACCAAUAGCGAAGCAAAAAACAGUGUUGAUUAUGAUGCUACAAGCUCAGCGCAAAAAAUCAAUUAGAUGUGGAAUGACAGAGUUAAAUUUGAGAGCAUUUUUAAUGUUAAAGUUUAUCGGAUGCCACAUAUUUUCAACUGAUUUCAGUUAUGUAAAUCUAUGGUUAUUGGUUUUAAUAUUGGAUUUCAUAACUUAUUUACCGAUCAAUAUCUACGACGUAUAUCUUUUUCGUGAUGACUUUAUUCGCGAUAUGUUUUGCUUGGUUACUUUAGGAAAUGGAUUUCAAGGUGGAAUAAAACUCUACACUUUUAUUAUGCAAAGGAAUAGUUUAUUAAAACUAUUUGGGAUUGCUGAAGAAUUUGGAGUGGACAUGAAGAACACGGACUGCUCUGAGAAAUUCAAAAAAUGGCUGUUAAUAUCCUGUCACGUCAUUUUAGGCUUAACAGCUUUAUUCUUGUUCGCAGGUUUACUGAUAUUCAUUUAUCCAGCAAUUGUGUAUAUUUUUAUAGGCGAGAAAACUUUGCAUUUUGGAUUCAUUUUACCAGCAAUUGAUCAGGACACAACUAUUGGAUAUUCAUUGAAUUUUAUGCAUCAAACAUUACAAAUUUACAUCACAAUUACUGCACUUUUUACGUCAAUAAAUAUGACAGUAUUUAUUAUUAUCAUUGCAUUGGCAAAAUAUGCCUCACUUUAUGAAUUACUCAAUCAAUUGAAUAUUCUUAUUACAUGGAACGUUCAAGACCAAAAAAAAAUCAAAGAAAAAUUCACAGAAAUAGUUCAAGAACAUGUCAAACUGAUCGAUUAUUUGAUAUUUUUUAACAAAACAUUUUCAUCGUACUAUCUUGUUGAGAUAUUCAGUCUAGGAUUUCAAACCACAGUGACUCUAUUUACAUGCUCGAUUGACAUUAAUUUUCUACCUGGAUAUCCAAUCUUGAUCGUUGAUCUCUUUCAAAUUUUUGCACCAUGCUUGUUGGGAACGCUCCUUGAAGUUCAAUGCAAUAAAUUUUUUGAUAAUCUCAUGAAGAUUUCAUGGAUUCAAUUGUCGAUGCCGAUGCAAAAAUUAGUGUUGAUUAUGAUGUUUCAAGUACAACGAAAGAAAUCGAUACGAUGUGGAUUGAUGGAACUAAAUUUAAGAACGUUUCUAAUGGUAAUGUAA